AUGCAUUCCCUAAGGAAGAGCCACCAGACUUCACCCUCCAAGAUGCUGACGUUGCUUCUCCUGUCCUUCCUCUGGGUGGGAGCAUCGGAUGGGACAGCCCAGACAAGGGCCUCCUCCUCUUACUCUGGAGAAUUUGGAAGUGAUGCUGGGAGCCAUUUUGACCAAUCGGAUCAGGAGCUGGAGGGUCCCAUUACGGGCCUGAGGAUAAGGGCAAAUGACAGAUAUAUUGUAAGCAUCCAGGUUCGCUACGGAGACUCCUGGUCCAGCACGGAAGGGGGGAUGGUGGGCAGCCCCGCCAACGUCCGGCUCUUUCUCGGAGAGGGGAUCGUCCAGGUCUUGGGCCGCUUUGGAAGCCACGUGGAGUAUCUCGCCCUCCGCACCAACCAAGGCCGCGUCUUUGCCUUUGGACCCAACUUCGGCCCAGGGACGUUCUUCACUGCAGAGCCUUCGUUCCCAAACACGGUUCUGCGCUCUGUCAGCGGCCGUUCGGGGUCUUCGAUCGAUGCCAUUGGGUUCCAUUGGGACACAGAACAAUGA